AUGUGCCGGUUACCGGCGUCACGGUUUACCACGGCUAUCAGAAGAACCCCCAGAGCCAAGGCAAAGACCCGCUCCUCCCGUGCUGGGCUCCAGUUCCCAGUCGGCCGUGUUCACAGGCUGCUGCGCAAAGGAAACUAUGUGGAGCGUGUUGGUGCCGGUGCCCCCGUCUACCUGGCGGCUGUGCUGGAGUAUCUGACCGCUGAGAUCCUGGAGUUGGCUGGAAAUGCUGCCUGUGACAACAAGAAGACUCGUAUCAUCCCCUGUCACCGGCAGCUGGCUGUCCGCAACGACGAGGAGCUCAACGAGCUGCUGGGCGGAGUCAUCAUCGUGAAGUUAAGAAACGGCUCUAUUACUUUUAACGGGUCUAUAGUACACAUUUAAACAACUGGUGUGAUGAUGCGUUGCACUGACAGGAGAUGCCUGGUACGUGCUGUCACUCAUGAACGGUCAAACGAAUAUUAGCCUACCGUUUUAAAGUGUAGAGCACUAAAAUAGGACAACGCCUGUUUUAUUAUUAUUAUUAUUAUUAUUAUUAUUAUUAUUACCGCGGUAAUACCGAUUACCGUGGAUUUAGGGAUUUGAAACAAUGGACUCUCUGUAAUUAGACACAUAGGGUUGUUUGAAGGCUGAUUCUGAUAUUGUUUAGA